AUGUUAUUUACUACAAAUGGUAUGAUCAUAUUAGAUGAUAUACAUACGUUUUCAGGAGAUCACUUUUCAGACGUAAUUGGCGGAGCAGGAACAUAUGCCAUACUUGCAUCUUGCAUCGUCAGAGAUGGCUUAAGUGGAUGGAUUGUUGAUCGAGGUUCUGAUUUUCCUAAGAAGAUAACAGUAGAAAUUAACCAGUGGAAUUCUGGUGCCAUUUUCCGUGAUUCUACUAAACGAUUGACAACUCGAGGGGCCAAUUUUUAUGGUGAAAAUGAUUUAAGACAAUUUAAGUAUUUGACACCCAAAAAACAAAUUACUGCCUCAGAUUGGAUUAACCAAUAUGGAAUAAAAACUGUUAAUGGUAUAAAAUGCUUUCAUUUAGUUUGUUCACCGGAUCGUAUUCAAGAAAUUAUGGACCAAUUAUCCCAAGUUAGAGAUGAUAAAAUAGAUAUGCCAACAUUUGUAUGGGAACCGUUACCGGAUUCAAUGAUUAUCGAAAACUACGAUACAAUUAAACAUAUAUUAAAUAGAAAUGAAAAUGUUAUUUUAUCACCAAAUUGUGAAGAAGGCGCCCGUUUAUUUGGCAUACAGGAACCUCUUGGUAUUAACCAGUGCAAGAUAUUACUUUACAAAUUUACAGAUUAUAUAAAACCUACGAACAGUUGUGUUUUGAGAUGUGGUAAAAUGGGGAGCAUGAUAUUAUCUCCAAAAAAUUUUGAUGGUAUUCGAAAAUCAUCUUAUUUACCUGCAUAUCAUUUAUUAACUCAAGACGAAGUUGUGGAUCCUACAGGUGGUGGUAAUUCAUUCCUUGGAGGAUUUUCAAUAGCUUAUGCGUUGACCAAUGACCUUCAAAUCAGUAACAUAUGUGGUACAAUUACUGCAGGUUGUAACAUUGAACAAAUCGGAGUUGCAAAAUUUGACAAAAUCAGUAAAAAAAUUAAUAAUACAUUGACAUUCAAAGAGCGGCUUGAAUAUUACAUUACAUUAUACAAUUUAUCGAUUUCAGCGGAUGAUAUAUAUUCCAAAUUAUACAAAUAG